AUGAACAACCAGCGAGAAAAGGGAGUGUCGCCUCAGCCGUUGGAGAUUUACUGCGGUCCUUCAUCCACUUACCUACCAUACAUGGUCAGCAGUCCCAAUGAAAGACCAGCGUCUACUCAAUUCUCUCCCAACUAUACGAUGGUAGAGAGUGGUCCUGAAAAUGGUGUGAUGAAAGUACUACCGCAGCCGUCAAUCAGUGGCAAGUGCUUUUUUCCUCAGGACGUCCCUUUUUCCCUUAUCUCCCACCCAUUUUUUUCUACUGGUCAUUCAGCAGUGAAAGCCUACACGAUGUUGAGCCUCGUACCACUUUCAUCCAUGUCAAAUCUCAUUCACUACUGCCCAGGCCCUUCCUCCUCCAAAUAG